AUGUCUUACAUUCUACGCUUUCUCAACUUGGCCACUCUUCGAACAUUUCUUAGCAUGGCGCGAAUCCCUAACAUUUGCGUCAUAUGCGAAGACGCAGAGAGCUUUGAUUGUAAACUUGCACUGGCGCCUUGCGGGCGGCACUGGAUUUGCUCCAAUGACCUAACUGCCUUCUACAUUCUGGCCACUAGAGAUGAGAGCCAAUAUCCACCAAAAUGCUGUGGUCACGUCUUUCACAUCAAAGACUAUGAGCACUGCGUGGAACAUGAUACAGCUGAAGCCUUCACAGAGAAAGAAGCUGAAUACAAGGUUCUGGCCAGAAACCGUGUGUACUGCGCGAACACAUCUUGCGCCAGGUUCCUGGACCCGAGGACGCAUAUUCAAUGCCCAACCUCUGGUGUGGCUUACGCAGUGUGCCAUGACGGCGACGCCUGUGACAAACUCACAUGUACCAAGUGCAAGACCCUGAUCAACGGCAAGGCCAACGAGCACGCCUGCUCAGACGACGAGGACGCCGCAGAAAUGGAAAAAGCAAUCCGUGAAAACAAAUUCCAACAAUGCUAUGCCUGCCACACGAUCAUCGAACUACGAGAAGGGUGCAAUCACAUUCAAUGUCACUGCGGCCACGAAAUCUGCUACAUCUGCGGCAGACCCUGGACCGGUCAUCACGGCUGCCCGAGCCACACCGCCGCCAGUUACGACGCAGAUGGGUAUAACCAGAACGGUUUCCAUCGCGACACAGGUUUACAUCGCAGCGGUCUGGCGUAUGCUCAAUACAUGAGCAGCAUCUCUGGCCAUGGCGAACUGGAAGAGGGCGAAAUAUAUGAAAGUGAUGGCGAAGCGGAACCCGCGGAGGUGUUGCAGCAACUACAUAUUGGUGAUGUCGAACAGCGCAAGGGUGACAGAGGCGAUGAUGAUGAUGAUGAUGGUUCUGAGGAUGUGGAAUCUGGUCCGGUUGGUCAAUCAGGCCUCUCGUGGUGGGGCUGGGGCUAUCGGUGA